GCGAGUCUAGGUGAUCGUGGCGUUUGUUCCAUCGGACAAUUUCGGCUCAGGAUAUGAACACGAGCUAGCUUCACAGCAAGAAUAAUGAUGAAAGCCGCGAGUUAGGCUCGUUGCUUGUGGACUUUCAGUGACACGCAGAGACACACUCGCGUAACUUGCCGAGCAGGCUGUUGGAUAAAAGGUUCGAAUGAUGAUGAUAUAGAAGUGAACGAUUCAGAAGAACAACAGUAUGUCCGACAACGGCCUGCUGCGCUCUUUUACCAUGUCAAGACCUUCGCAAAGACCCUGCCAACCCAGUGUUGGCAAAGAGCUUUUUGAAGUGCUGCAAUCAGAGGCAGCCCACCUUGAAAGGAAGGAGCUAGAACUCACAUCACAAAUCGGGGCUCUUUCAGAGGUUUUGGUCUCUGUUCGUAGCGCGCUGUCUGCAAUACGCACUCGGGCAAGCGAAUGCAUAAAGCGCAUUUCUCCGGCUACUCGCCUUCCCGAUGAGACUUUGCUUGCAAUUUUCGAGGAAGCAGUUUUGAGCCAGGACGUGUGCUCACGGAGAAGGGUUGAAAGCGCGAUAUCAUGCGUGUCGCAUCGCUGGCAAAGGAUAGCUCUGCACACACCCCGGCUGUGGACCCGGGUCUGUGUCACCCCUGACACAGACGAGUGUGGCAUGAAACUACACCUCUUGCGAUCCGCUGCACUUCCUCUUGAUGUGGAAGUCUGGGGAUGGUGGGAUUACCGGGAUUCGUUCACCAGGCCUCAUCAUUUCGAACAUACCCUAGCUGCAGUCCUCCCGUCCGCGUCUCGCUGGCGUCGUAUCAAAAUAGGCGCAUCCUGCGACACCAUUCUCACGAGUCUUUCCUUUAUUCUGCGUGCCUCCGGGCCUUUCGACGCACUUCAGCAAGUUGUCUUCAAAGCCCAGCAGCCCGGGCAGAUAUGUCCCACGACUCUCCUUAUGGGAAAAUUAGCACCCAACCUUCGGUCCAUUGAUGUCGAAAACCUAGUUCUGACAGCGCGCUCCCCUUGUUUGCACCGUGAUGAUGAUUUUAGCUGCUUCAUGGGCGUAACCCAUCUUACUCUUCGACUCCAUGAAGGAGAUGCGAGGGCUCUAAAGACGAUUACGGAACUUCAAGGCUUCCGUGCAUUGCUUUUGCGAAUGUCCAAUUUAACCUCCCUUUCUCUCUACGGAGAACUCAUUCAUGUCACAAACCUCGAGGACGAGGGCAACAUCACAGUGCCUCGUUUACAGACCUUGAUUCUUCAUCCUAGUACUAUCCGGCCUCGCUAUUUGCGGAACCUCGUUGCGAUGAUCAAUGCCCCAGAUUUACGACACUUUGAGCUUGUCUACCCAGACAGCUUUACUCAAGGCCAGGACAUCUCUGAUCUACUUCUCAAUAAGGGAUGUGAACAACCCACACCAAGAUUCCCUGUAGUUGAACGUCUCGUAUUAAACAAUGCCGCCAGUAUCACUGCGGCUGCCGCGUUCAUCCAGGCUUUCCCAGGAGUCGAUCAACUGACUAUUUCUGGCGCCGACGUCGGGAUCUUCAAUCAGCCAACCUGGGAAGCGACCGGAGGAAGUUGGAGAAACAUCACAAAACUGGCAUUACGCUCUUUCCAACCGGAUCGCCUGACCCUUGUGGUUGAUUGGCUAGAUGUCAUAACUAGCAAUGGCGAAGCUCAAGCGCCAUUGGUCCAGGGGCCAAUAACCGACUGUCCCGUUAUUCUGCACCUCUAUGAGGAGCUUAAGCGCUACACUCAAAUCGAACUGCUCGAUUCAAAAUAG